AUGCAAUUCUCUACCGUCGCUUCUAUCGCUGCUAUUGCCGCUGUUGCCUCCGCCGCUUCUAACAUUACCACUGCUACUGUCACAGAAGAAUCUACCACUUUGGUCACUAUCACUUCUUGUGAGGACCACGUUUGUUCUGAAACAGUUUCCCCAGCUUUGGUUUCCACUGCUACCGUCACCGUAAAUGACGUUAUCACUUAAUACACCACCUGGUGUCCAUUGCCAACCACUGAAGCACCAAAGAAUACCACUUCUCCAGCUCCAACUGAAAAGCCAACCGAAAAGCCAACUGAAAAGCCAACCCAACAAGGUUCUAGCACUCAAACUGUUACCUCCUACACUGGUGCCGCUGUUAAGGCUUUGCCAGCUGCCGGUGCUUUGUUGGCUGGUGCUGCCGCUUUAUUGUUGUAA